AUGUGUUUCUCAUCCUACAUGUUAAUACUAACUUUCUCUCUUCUUUCCCAAGGUUUUCUAUUUUCAGUUUCAAAGUCUCUGCAGAAGGUAGAUGAUGACGACAUGCUACUAAACACCUUCACUCUAGGAAAAUCUCUGCGGAAUGGAGAUAAAACAGAGAAGACAGGGGGUACACCUUCUCUUGAGCACUAUAAGAUGGAAGAUGCUAGUUUUCAGGAUGAAGAGGAAGACAGAAACCCAAAGUUCUUUAAUAUAGGUUCCAAACAUAAUUUCAUAAGCCACAGUCUGCCGCUGAACCUGGCUAUAAAACAGCUACCUUAUCUUGCCCUGAAGGGAUCAGUAGCUUUUCCAGCUGACACCGAAAUAAAGACUACUGAAUCAAUACAGGAAAGAAGAGAGGUUGGUGAUGAAGAAAAUUCUGCUAAGUUUCCUAUAGGAAGGAGAGAUUUUGACAUGCUCAGGUGUAUGUUGGGAAGAGUCUAUCGACCUUGUUGGCAAGUCUGAAAAUUGCUGGCCAGCCUCACCUUCCUUGAAGGAGAUUAAAUUAUUUGGUUGCCAGUUUAAAGAAACGUGAAGUUAUUGUGUUUUGCUAUUGUUAUACGCUUAAAUCUAGGUACUAGUCUCUGUAUUUCAAGGUGAGGGAAACAUUAUCAAUGAUCAUCAAGUAACCUAGCUGUAAAAA